AUGUUGGUGACCGACGUCGAUGACUGCGUUGUGUCCGUCGACAUCAACAUCGACGUGGUGACCAAACCAGAGAAGGAGAGACUGGACGGAGCAUGCUACUCGCGCGAAGAGAAAACGUGUCCGUCGGAACGAGUCGACAUGUUCGUGUCGAUGUGA